ACUUCAUCGUGAGAGUACCUCGAGGUUAAGAGUUACGUGCGAGAGUUUCACACCUGAAUGGCACUAGCCAUCCGUAUUCUCUCUUUCUACGUUAUUAAGUGGCAGUGAAUAAACUUAAUCAGUGAUAAAAAUUAUCAAAAUGUUGAGUUCGCCGAGCAAUCAAUAUCUUAGACCGGAAUAUUUAACACCUUUACCCACGACAUUGGAUGCUAAAAAGAGUCCUUUGGCUCUUUUGGCUCAGACUUGUAGCCAAAUCGGCUCUGACACUCCAAAUUCAAAACUUCUCCAAAGUGCUGAUAAGACUACUAAAUCAAGUAAAUUAGACACAUCAAAGGAGAAGUCGUCAAAUUCGAGCGAUUUGCACCACAAAUCCUCUAAUAGUCUCCCGAGAGAAAAAUCGCGUUCCCCAGAAGAAAGAUCGAGUUCGGCAUCAACUGGAAGUCGGGUCCGGACACCUUCAACAUCAAAGAGUACAGUUUCCGCUACAACAAACGGAAGAUGUGCCAGCAAUCAAAGCGCAACAUCUCCGAGAGCAUCUCCGUCAGUUUCUGAACGGAAAACACCAGCAAGUGAAGGCACGAGUGCUGGUGAACAAAACAAAAAUAGUGAGAGGGGUAGUCCUUCGACUCCGGUGUCCUCAUCGGCGAAAACUGCCUUCACCCCCAAUAUUCUAACAUCGUCAUCUGAUCCGGCCAUCAAAGACUUGCCUUUGGGAACCUUCAAACCUGGAGUUCCAGUCACAUCAACCUUUCUCGGUUAUCCCGGUGCAGGGUUUCCCCUUCCGAUGGAUUUGAUGACGAGUAGCUUAAUGUCUCAACACCACGCACUUAAAGGGGGUUUGAGUCCUUAUCUCAAUUACGGUCGGAUGAAAACCGCAGAUUCCUUGUCGUCCGUCUGCAGGGAUCCUUAUUGCACUGGUUGUGGGGUUAGUUCUCACCUACUAGGUGCUGCUGUUAAAACUUCAACGGCGUGUCCUGCCGGAUGCACCCAAUGUGACCAUACUAAACCUCCCACUUCCACCGGAUAUCUAGGCCAUAAUCCGGCUGCUGCGGCCUAUGCUCAUGCCCAAUUGGCAGCUCUGGCCGCGGCAUCACAUCUACCAUAUGUAUGCAACUGGAUCUCGGGAGAUGCCGCAUAUUGUGGCAAAAGAUUUUCAAGUUCAGAGGAACUUUUGGCUCAUUUAAGGACUCACACGAGUGUAGCGGUGUCGGAAAGUUCCGCAGCGUUAUCGAUGUUGAGUUCUUCAAGUUUGCCGCCCACACAUCCAUUGUUGCACCGGACGUACCCCACGCCGCCUCUUAGUCCUUUGGCGACGGCUCGGUACCAUCCGUAUAGCAAGCCGUCCCUUUUGCCGCCCUCAUUGAGUUCCUCGCUGUCGGGGUUCCCGUUGAGCCACCCUGGACUGCCACCUUACUUGUCGCCUUACUCGUUAUAUGGACCUCGUCUAGGAGCAGCACCAGGCAUGCAUCCCUAAAAGGACAAAUAAUUCCAAGCCAAAUAUGAAGCUGUGUUAUGUUGACAAUGACAUGAGUUUUUAACUAGUCGCACAAGAUUACCUGAAGGACUCGAACGAUUUGUCAUUUUGUCUAGGAGGUGUGUUUUUUGUGUGGACGUGACUGUGUGAUAUUAUUUUUAAACACUGGAUACGUUUUUGUAAAUAUUACCGAUCGGGGUUUACCCGAGAAUAUAUUAAUUGCUGUAAAUUUAUGUACAGAUCUCAAUCAUUAUUUAUUGCAUUGUUAGCACGAUCAGUGAUUCUAUCAUAUUCGUAUACUCUUGACUUUUUUAGUGCGGCCGCGUAUAUGUUUCAUCGUCUAUGUACAAUAAUGUUUCUUGUACAAAUUGUUCUUAUUCAUAUCAUUGUGUAAUAAUUUUGAAGGUUUUUCCUUGAGGAACUAUUUUAUUGUUAACAAUUAUGAAGAUGUGUUGUUUUAUUUCUUUAUUUUAAAAGAGUAAAUCGCUAAAAU